AUGCCAACCCCAAACUCUUCCAGUUCUUCAGCCAAAGGUUUCCGGCGGGCAGUGUCUGAGGUGGACUCCAAGCAAGCAGAGGCUAUCAUGGUAAGAAAGGGAGAAAAACCUCUCUUGAACUUUCCAUUCAUUGGUAGACGACAAAGCCUCAUUGAAGAUGCCAGAAAGGAAAGAGAAGCUGCAGCAGCAGCUGCUGCGGCUGCCUCUGAAGCUGCUGAAUCCACUGAAACAAUUGUCUUUGAAGAGAAGGAUGGGAUGGCCAUGCUUAACCUGCUAUUCACACUCAAAGGAGCAAAGACAUCACUGCCUUCCCGGGCUCUUAAAGUGUUUGAGACAUUUGAGGCCAAAAUUCAUCAUUUAGAAACAAGGCCCAGCAAGAAACUGCGGGAGGGGAUAACUGACCUGGAAUACUUUGUGCGAUGUGAACUCCACAGCUCUGACCUGAGCACCCUCAUCAGCUCUCUUAAACGGGUCUCUGAAGAUGUGAGGAGUACAAAAGAAGACAAGUUUCACUGGUUUCCAAGAAAAAUCUCUGAACUAGACAGAUGUCACCAUUUGGUCACCAAAUUUGAUCCUGAUUUGGAUCUGGAUCAUCCGGGAUUCUCUGACCCAGUAUAUCGGCAACGAAGGAAAAUGAUAGCUGAAAUUGCCUUCCAUUAUAAGCAUGGUGACCCAAUUCCUCGCGUGGAAUACACAGCAGAGGAGAUCAUAACCUGGAAGGAGGUGUACAGCACACUGAAGAGCCUCUAUCCCACUCAUGCCUGCAAAGAACACUUGGAUGCUUUCCACUUACUGGAGAGAUACUGUGGUUAUAGUGAAAGCAACAUCCCUCAACUGGAAGACGUUUCCCGUUUCCUAAAAGAAAGAACUGGGUUUCAGCUCCGACCUGUAGCUGGUCUUCUUUCUGCUCGUGACUUUCUAGCCAGCUUGGCCUUCAGGGUGUUUCAGUGUACGCAGUACAUCCGCCAUGCCUCAUCUCCCAUGCACUCCCCAGAACCGGACUGCUGUCAUGAACUACUGGGACAUGUACCAAUGUUGGCAGACAAGACAUUUGCACAGUUCUCCCAGGAUAUUGGACUUGCAUCUUUGGGAGCAACUGAUGAGGAAAUUGAAAAACUUGCAACACUUUAUUGGUUCACAGUGGAGUUUGGGCUCUGCAAACAGAAUGGAAUUAUCAAAGCUUAUGGAGCUGGGCUCCUCUCUUCCUAUGGGGAGCUAAUACAUUCCUUGUCAGAUGAACCAGAAUUAAGAGACUUUGACCCUGUUUCUACUGCUGUGCAGCCGUAUCAAGAUCAGACCUAUCAGCCUGUUUAUUUUGUAUCAGACAGUUUUAGUGAUGCCAAAGCAAAACUCAGAACCUAUGCAGCACAUAUCAAGCGUCCCUUUUCAGUGAAGUAUGAUCCAUAUACAUACAGCAUUGAGCUCCUGGACAACCCCCAGAAGAUCCACCACUCACUGGAGAAUCUGCGUGAUGAGCUUCACUCAUUAAUUGAUGCCCUCAACAUUAUCAGCUAACACCAACAUUUAGUAGACCUUUUCCUCCUCUCUCCUCCUGCUCCCGUUUCCUCCUCCUCCAAGCCAAUGUCUAUUCCUGCAGCUGCAAAACUGGCCUCCUUCUGUGGCUACCUAUCAUGGCAUAAUUGGGGCUAAUAACAUCCCUGUGGUUUCUUUUCAAGUUCAUGCUGCUACCUAUUGUUGUAGUGAUGGUAGUCGUUUGUGUUGCUACCCAUUUGCCCACAGCAGGGAGAGGGAGGCAUAUUUAGUGACAAGCUAGAUGA